AAAAUGUAAGACAUUUUUAAUAGAAAAUGUGUUCUAUACGUGAUAUCGAAAGCAAAAAAAUUGUGGAAAUAAACGAGACGAAAACAACAUUUGGUCGCGGGCCGUUUCUGGCAGUCAGAGAUAAAAGAGUUUCUCGGAACCAUGGCACUAUCAAACAAGUCGGGAGCGGAAUAGAAAUAACAUCAAUUCAUGUGAAUCCGUGUUUUUAUGCGAAAAAAUCUGAGCUCGACAAAUGGAUGAAACUGGACAAAGAUGAGGCAGUGGUUCUUCGAGUUGGAGAUAUAUUUUCCCUCCUGCCGAAACAAUAUAUUUAUGAGGUAAUAAACGAUUCGAAAUCAGAAAGUGGGAACGCUGAAUCAGCAGAUAUUGAAAGUACAAAUAUUUCCUCUAAUAAGACCGAUUCUGAACCAAAAAAAGAUAUUGUUAAAAAUAAUAACCACGAAAAAAAAAUUAAUGUUGAAAUCAAACCAACUCCAGAAAUAGAUACGUCAACGAAAAAAUCAAAUACAAAACAGAAAAUAAGUGAUACGGAAUUGGAAACUGUAAAUCUGGCAGAAUCUGAAACUGUUUCCCAGACCACUCGCAAAAAAGAGUUCCCAACCCCAUCUAAAAUUAAAAAAAUGGGAACACAGAAUUCUUCCAUGGAUGGAGAAAAAGAAAUUGCAUUUCCGACGGAGAAAAAACGAAAACUUCCAGCGUGGAUGUUAAAUCAGACUGAAACACCAAAAAAUGAUUCGAAAAAUCUGACAAAAACGCCAAAAAAUAAGAAAUCUAAUGCAAAGCAAACUCCAAAAUCCUCGACAGCGAAACGUAGACAGAAAAUGCCGUCGGUUAAGUUUGACUCUAGUGAUGAUGAGGAUAUUACUAUUAAUACUGCAACUAGUGGGAAAGAAAUACCAAAAAGGAGAACGCAGGUAAAAACAAGAGAUGAAGAUUCGCCAAAAAAAGCUGAACCCGCUGUUAAAAAAGGAAAAAGCCUUGAAAAUUCAGCGAAAAGAACUGAAAUUUCUAUUAAAAAAGAAAAAAGCAUUAAAAAAUCACCAAGAAGGUCACCUUCCAAUGACACAAAAAUUUCAACUCCUACAAAACAACAACAACGAAAAAGUGAAAUAGACAAUCUUGAACAGACUAAUGAAAAUAUAGAAAUGGUCGACGUGAGCAUCGCGGCUCAAACCAUAAACACUAGUUCGAAUCAAAUGUCACCGAGCAAGGCAUUUGUUGAUGAUGUUGCCACGACAACACCAUCCAAUGUUUCUCAUCCAUCAGGAGAUGACCUUUCACCCCCUCCUCAGCAAGGAGCUUCAAAUACAACAGCACCGUCGCCAGCCAGCACCAGUGCCCCACCUCGCUCAUCCUGUGCAUUUGAAUCGUCUUGUUAUCGUAAGAAUCCGACACAUUUCCGAGAAUUCAGCCACCCGGGUGACGCUGACUACAUUGACCCUGGAACCAGUGAUGAUGAUAGCAACAGACCUGAAUGUCCGUACGGAACAAGCUGUUACAGGAAGAAUCCUUUGCAUAAGAAACAAUACCGACACUGUAAAAGAGUGGCACCUAAGAGAGCGGCUAAGAUCCGAGCGGCUCGCAAAGCAGCGAGGAACGACGAGAGUAGCUCCGAUGAUUAUGAUUUUGACGACAGCUUCCUUAACGAUGAUUCAGAUGAUGAUAUUUCUGAUGAAGAUUCGGACUGGAAUCCUUCACAAAACUCGGAAAAACAGAAGAAAUCAACUCCACGGCGGAAGCGCAAACAGCCGAAUUAUGCAGAAUCUGACUCUAACGAUUCAACAGACGAAGAAGAUUUGUCCGACCUCGUGUCCGAUGCAAAAAAGUUUGCGACAAACAGAAAAAUGUGGAAAAAGUAGGCGCAGUUGGGAGGAGAGUAUUUCUUCAAAUUAGUUUUUACGAUAUUUUGACCCGGCUUCGAUCAAUCCAAAAUCUUCAUCCAGAGUGCACUCCUGUUUUUGCACAGUUGAAGUAGUUUGCGAUUAUCAGAAUAUUCAAUUGAAGAAUACUAGUAAUAAUACAGCUAAUACAUAUCAAGAUUCCAUCUGGAAAACAAUAAUCCGAAAACUCCCAGCCAUCCACAGUCUACUUAUAAAAGUUAUCGGGGCCAAUGCUCCAAAACCAUCAAUGAAACGUGCGGUUAGAAUUCGAAUUCUCGUUUGGAGGUCGGGUUUCAGCAGUUCGUAUAUAAACUAUAAUUUUUUAUGAACCAUGAGGCGCACUAAAAUUUUUUUUCUCUUCUUAAAAAUUGAUCUUGCGCCUGAUGUAUGAAUCAGUUAGUGCUUUAUGCACCUCAUGUAUAAAACAAAACCCAGUCUAAGCAAUUUAUUGACUGUGCGUUUUAUUGUCCGUAAAAUAUGAUAUUAUGAAGCGUCUUAACUUCUAACUACUAAUCAAACUAGCUAGAUAUUAAUCUGACUCCGAAACAGAAAGAAUAAAUAGGUUACCGUGUUCUAUUUGAGAUGUCUGUUAAUUUGAUAUAACAGGAAAAGGUCCAGAGAAUGCCUCUAUAAGAUUGUUACAAUUACUACUUGGUCACCCAGUUCAAAUUCUCAGGUUCGAAUUUCAUACAGAUCAGAGAUGAUUGCGGAUUUCUGCCACAGAUCUUGGAAUGAAUUUUGGUCGUUUUUUUGAUAAGCUUCACUAGUGGUUCCCAACCGUUUUGUUAAAUUCCACCCUCUGCCUGAUUUGCAACCCUUUGUUCUUCCUUUCCUUAGUAUAACAGCUACUUUAUUCAAUCUUUAAUGGGCUUCUUAGCUAUUGUUAUAUUUGCAUUCCUAUUUUUGCAAAAUUUAAGUAGUUUUUUAGGUGCUCCCUAAGUAUUCGUACCAAGAUGGCGCACAACCUGAACAUAGUAUGUGUACCGGAUCAGGGUUGUUCAGGUUGUGCGUCAUCUUGAUAGGAAUACUUCCGGAGCGAUGUUUUUCAUGCAAUUUUGAAUAAGUAAUAUAGCAAUUAGUAUAAUCAACUCAAGAAUUCUGGUAAUACUACAGCGAAUACAAAAGCAAAAUUACUUCUGAAAAACUGCAAAAUUACUUCUGUGUUGGGAAAGUUGGCUUUACCCGAAACCGGCAUGAACUGAAAAUUUUCAGCACAGCAUAGAACUGGGUGGUCCAAGGUUGCGAGAUCAAAAGGCUGCAAAUAAUUUAUAUAGAGGCCUUUCGGAUCGCAGUCUGGGAAAACCCAAAAGUGAUUCUUUUACCUGACCCACGUGCCAGGGUUUGUACCACCCGGGCAUAAAAUUCAAAAUUGGAACUAAUCUGUGAUCUUCUCCAUUUAAUUUUUAUUUUUUCCGAUUAUUUACUUUUUACACUUUUAUAUUUAUAGUAGUGAUCACAACACUAGAUUUAAUUUUCCAAUAAAAAUCACAGUAUA